CAAGGAAUAUGGAUCGAUUUACACGCGAGUUUUUCGAGCGGGAAUCCAGAAGUGGCAUGAUUUGCCAAUGCCGCUGGACACUGCCCUUUGGCAGACUGCUGUCUGCGGGUUACAGGGUGGCGCGCAGGAAACUGCCCAAACGAUCAGUUACG